AUGGCGGUGGCGGCGCUGCGGCCGCGGGUGGCGGCGCUGGGACGGCGGCUCGGGGUGCCCGGGGCCCGCGAUACCUUCUUAGCAAAAGGCUCUGCUACUCUGGACAAGUUGAAGGACCUCUGCAACGAAGGGAAAGAACAUCCAUCCACGCUUUUUCAGCUCUAUACCCAGGCUGUUCUAGACAUUACAUACUUUGAGGAAAACCAGCUUGUGGAUGAAGAUUUUCCAGAAGAAUCUUCCCUGCAAAAACUUACAGAACUUAUUUAUAUUCUUUCAGAACCAGAAGACCUAGUGAGGGAAUGCAGCAUAAAUGAAGAACCCAUCAACAUCCUUGGUGCAGAGUUGUUAGAAUGUCUUUACUGGAGAAAAGGAGCCCUGCUUUACAUGUAUUGCCAUACAGCAAAAGAAAGGAGUGAAUGGCUACAAGAAAACAUUGCCACAUUUAAAAAGUGUCUUAAUGAUGGAGUUCACUACUUAAUGAAGAUGCUUAGCUUUAGAUGCCCUCUUCAACUAGACGAAGAUGUCUCACUUCCAGAUAAAGACACUGCUACAUUACUCAGUGAAGGUAUAUUUAGUGACACUCACUUACUGGCUAUGAUGUACAGUGGAGAAAUGUGCUACUGGGGACUGAAACACUGUGGAGAAGGGAAGCAGGAAAACCUUGAGUCAAUAGAUCCUGUGUCCAGCAGUGACCUGGGCAGCGGAUCACAGAGCAUAUCGCUGGAUUUCCAAGAAACAGGCAGAAACACGUUAACAAAAUAUGUGGCCGUAUGUGAGGGACCCUUAAAAGGUCAAGGGUGGAACACAACAACUGCAAAACAAAUGCUGCGUUACUUUGUGAAGUCCCACAGCUAAGAUCCACUGCAUUGUCUGUGCCAGAAGAAAACUUGCGACAUAAGAGCACGCUCAAGGAGGUUCUCUCUGCUUCAGUGUCUUACUUUCGUUUUCCAACCAAAAUGUAUACUUCCGUUGCAUUAAAAACGCGCAUUCAAAGGAC